AACCAAUUCAAAUCAAACCUCAUUUGUCUCUGGCAUUCUUUGUUGCGCAUCUACCGUUUAACUAAGCUCUCUCUAGCCUUUUUCUCCAUUUAGUACCACUCCGAGGCUUCGCGACACUUUAAUUCUCUCUUACACAUCGCACUCUCGACCAACUUCUUCGAUUCGAAUCGCCAAAAAGUACUCCUUUCUAAUUAUCCUGCUAUUCGUUCGUCCGCGUCGCCCCUCGACGUUCCGUUUCGCCUGCGCUGCCAACCGAGACCUGAUCCGGACCCUUCCACAUCGACGUUCGACAUUCGCAACUCGACACAUCUCCAGUGAAACACAAGUCGCAUAGGUGGCAUAUUUAUCGCUGCUAUCUAUCACAUCGAUCCCCCGACUCUUUUCGAGACACGAAGCCGCGCUGGCCGCAGUCUGACAUCUCGGCUUUUAUCCUUAACCCCUCUUAAUUUGGCCACCAUGGCUGUCGCAUCUAUUCAAGACCGAACCUCUGAGUUCAAGUCGGUGCUCGCCCAGGCACAGCGAAAACAAUCUUCCUCAAAAGUCAGCUCUCAGCGCCGGUCUCUAUUGACUGAUGCGCAAAAAGAUGCCGCCAACGGCCAUGCUGGAGGUCCCCCAAGACGAUCCGAGUUCGCCCGGAAGGCUGCUGAAAUUGGACGUGGCAUCUCUGCGACUAUGGGCAAGUUGGAAAAGCUAGCUCAAUUGGCGAAGCGACGAACACUUUUCGACGACCGUCCUGUGGAAAUCAACGAGCUUACUUUCGUCAUCAAGCAAGAUCUCUCGUCUCUGAACCAGCAAAUUGGAGCUCUUCAAACACUCACCAAGCAACAACACCCCAAGGCCGAUCAGGAGGGCGAGCACAACAAGAACGUUGUCUACCUACUACAGGGCAAGCUCACUGACGUCUCGGUCAACUUCAAGGAAGUUCUCGAGGCCAGAACCAAGAACAUCCAGGCAUCGCGAUCAAGAACAGAGAACUUCAUCUCCUCCGUGUCGCAACAUGCUCAACCAUCAAUUCAACAGUCGGCUUCUCCUCUCUACGGAACACCAGCUCGCAACUCACCCGCACCAGGAGCCCAAGAUACCCUGUCUCUCAACCCCGUUGGCGAUCAACAGCUGCUGAUGAUGGAAGAGGCACAGCCCUCCAACACAUAUAUCCAACAACGAGGCGAAGCGAUUGAAGCUAUCGAGAAGACCAUUGGCGAGCUUGGCAGCAUUUUUGGACAACUAGCUACCAUGGUUUCGGAACAAAGCGAGAUGAUCCAGCGCAUUGACGCCAACACAGAAGAUGUGGUCGAUAAUGUUGAAGGAGCACAGCGAGAGCUUCUCAAGUACUGGAACCGAGUAUCAAGCAACAGGAUGUUGAUUGCCAAGAUGUUUGGAACGCUAAUGAUUUUCUUCCUGAUCUGGGUUCUUGUUUCGGGCUAAGCCUUGACGACGAAACGCAACACAAGACACGAGAAAAAGAGGCGGGCGCGGAAAACUUGGACCAAGGAAGGGAGUUUACGGCACAUGUUUUGUUGUAACGGGGUACUAUUCGAUAGGUGCACUUCUUUUCCAUAUGUACGUAUGUUUGUACCUUAUACUUUGUAGUCGUUUUUUCUUUAGAGAUGGAUCGGAACGACGUAGCAUAGAGGGAAAGGGUCUUGCAGGAAGACUCUCGUCGAUGGCUCAUGUUGGGGGUUUCGGGAUUAAUAAUGAAUCAGUAGAUCCUCAAUGGCAUAGACUUACAUAUUGGGUG